AUGGCGGACGGCGACGUGUCCGGAAUUGCUUUAACCGAUCAUGAUACUCCCCCAGGAACUGUUCUUCUUAUCAAAGAUAAUGAUAGAGAUGAGACUCAUGGGCGACGAGGGAUUGUUCUGAGCCCAUUUCCAUCCAGUGACCCUAACGAGCCAUUGAAUUGGAGCACUGCACGCAAGGCAUGCAAUUUCACCCUCGUACUAGCAGUAACCUGUCUUAUUUUCACAGCGCUCUCCAUCCAACAGAUAUUCUGGCAGUUGAUGGUGGUCGACUUAGACGUUACUUACGCACAGUUAAACAAUGCUAUGUCGGUUAACUUCGUUGGACUCGCAGUGGGAUGUGUAUUUUUCAUUCCCUUUGCGAAGAAAUUUGGCCGACGACCAGUGUACUUAAUCUCCACGGCGCUCAUGCUGGUCACCUCCUUUUGGGGAGCAGAGAUUAAAACCCUCGCGGAGCUGUAUAUCACCAACCUCCUACAGGGCCUCGCUGGAGCAACGAAUGAGGCGAUUGCUCAGAUCACCGUGAGCUUUCCAGUAACCUCUCCCCAGGAACGAUGGGCUUACAACUCUUAUCAUCAGAUUGCAGACCUCUUCUUCGUCCAUCACCGUGGCGGAAUGAAUGCGUUGUACAUGACCAUGAUGAUGGUUGGAAGCUUUCUCACCCCUAUGGCUGCUGGGGCUCAGGCAACAAGACAGGGUUGGCGAUGGUCCUACCGUACCAUGGGCAUCUUUAAUGCGGUUAUAUUUGGACUUUUUCUCGUCUUUUACGAGGAGUCAAAGUAUACUCCUACGAUCGAAGGAGUCACACCCACCGCUAGGCCUGCGAACGGAGUGCACCAAAUUUCUGGUGAUGAGCCUAGCAACAAAUCACUUAUCAAAAGCGCUACCAGAGCUGAGGAGCAUAGCGUCAGUGGUCCUCCAUUAGAUCACACGAUCCCUAUGCAGACAUGGACUCAGAGACUGUCAUUGGUAACCUAUACACCGGAGCCCAUCUGGCCUUACUUCUUUCGCCCCAUCGAGAUCCUCUUUACGUUUCCAGCGGUCCUCUGCUGUGGUCUGCAAUAUGCAUGCGGAGUGAUAUGGCUUACAAUCCUUUCCAGUGUGCUCGCUCUUGUAUUCCCUCUUCCUCCAUAUGAGUUCACCCCCGAGCAAAUCGGGUAUAUGAGUGUUGGUCCGUUCAUUGGUAACUUGAUCGGCUCGUUUUACGGUGGCUUCCUUGGAGACUGGUCGAUUAAGUACUUUUCUCGACGGAAUUCCGGAUACUACGAGCCAGAGAUGCGCCUGUACAUUCUACACCUCCCGGCAGUGGCUUUGUGCGGUGGUCUCAUUAUGUUUGGAGUAACCAUUGACAGAGGUAUGCACUGGAUUUUACCCAGUAUCGGAGGAGCACUCUUUGGAUUCGGGCUCGGCAGUAUCAGCGAUGCAUGUCUAACUUUAGUUAUCGAUAGUUAUAUGGAGAUAACAGGCGAUGCGUUCACGGGAGUGGCCUUCCUUCGCAAUGCUUUUAGCAUUGGCAUACCAUUUGCCAUCAGCCCUUGGAUGGAACAUAGCGGCUUGACUAAGAUGUUUGUCGCCUGUGGGUUUAUCAGCCUGGGAGUCACAAUGACAUUGUUGGGCAUGAUCAUGUAUGGAAAGCGUAUUCGACGCGCGACUGCAAAGCGAUAUUAUCAGAUGUCUGGUAGAAAUGGUUGA